CCAGCUUUUUCUUUGUGCUUAGGACAUGUUUUAUCUGAUUUUACUAAUAUCACCUUAUAUUUCAUAGUCGGAUGAACCGUUCACCGGUCAUGUCGAGCUGCCUUCAGAUCACCACAUUCGUCAAGUUCAUAAUGUUUUUACUUUUUUAAUUUGUGUUCUGGUCUGUUUAAUAAUUUUGAAAAGACCCGUAUCUAUAGAUAGUCAGGUUAAAGUGUCUGGUAAAGGAGCGGAAUGGGUGCUUGAACGCGAUUGGUCACGUAAAGUCACGUGUGUUUAUUCCGUUGUCUGCCGCACGAUCUUUUCUCGGUGCUGAUGGACUUGUUUACCAACAGAAUCCAUCAUUCAUUCCGGUCGUAGUUUUGCAGAAGUACAUUUUUAGCGAUUAAAUAAAACAUGGCCGAAGCAGUGAAAACUGGGAUGAGCAUCCAGAAGACUCUGUGAACAAUCUCUUCGAAAACAUGAGUAUCCAUGAAACACAACUGCAACAGUCAGAUGGUAACGUUAAUUCUGAAAGAAGAACAUCAGCAGCAGGAAGAGAUUUUGCAGUGAAAUUGCCUUGUGAUCAUGGAAGGCCAGCAGAUUAUAUCAUCGCCUGGUUCAAGUAUUAUCUUAAACAGAGACAGACUGAGUUCACCUGUCCUGCAUUUGACGAGGGCCGGAGGAGAUCCUGUGGAGCGAAGCUCUCGUACCAGGACGUCUGUCGACUGAUUCAUCUGACGAACAAACAGAGGCAGUUCUUAGAAGAGAACAUCAGUCUUCUCACUGCUAGAAAUCUGUGCGAAUUCAAAGCUUGUCCAGGCUGCCUGUCCUACGUGGAAAGACGAGACAAGACAAACUUGUGUGUGCGCUGCACCAUCUGCACAGCCAACAAGAAACACACAUACAACUUCUGCUGGAGCUGCCGGAGGGAAUGGAAGGGGCCGACCCAUAAUGCCGUGCGCUGCAGCAACGACGGCUGUGGACAGACAACGGUGUCUGGAGAUCAUCUAGUGCCAUGCACAGCUGAAUUUAAAGAGAGGACGCUUAGAAAUAAGAAAGAUGAUAUUUACCCAAUGAAGGACAAGUCCUCCGACAGAAGACGAUUAGCACUGCUCAUUAACAAUGUGGAGUUUGAAUAUGUAGAUGAUCGUGUUGGGGCAGAGAAGGAUGAGUUGAGUAUGGAGACUCUGCUGAAGGGUCUCGGUUACACCGUGCUGACACUAAGAGACCUCACGGCACAGGGUAUGAGUGCUGCCAUGCGAGACUUUUCCCAGCGAGAGGAGCACGUCCAAUCAGACAGCUGCUUUGUGGUGUUCAUGUCACAUGGAAGCACCACUGGAAUCUGUGGAGUUUCCAGCAUAGUGAAUUCUAAUGGGGAAGAGGACAUUUUCUCCACAGAUGAAAUUUAUAAUUGCUUGAACACUGAAAACUGUCCUGGACUGCAAGACAAACCCAAAAUCAUCCUUAUCCAGUCGUGUCGGGGUGGAAAUGACAGAUGUGUGGAGGACAGCAUGCCAAAAACAGAGCACUGUGAGAAAGACUUAUGCUGCCUGAGAUCCUCCACCCCCUAUACUGUUUCCUACAGGGAUCCUGAGAAAGGCUCAGAUUUCUUCCAGGAUAUGGUGGAAAUAUUUAAUAAACAUGCCCAUGAGGAUCACAUUGAGGAGCUUUUCAGAAAGGUCCUUAAGAAGUUUAAGGAGAAUCAUGUCGAUCCAUGUCAAAUGCCAUGCAAAGAGAGAACAACACUAUCUAAAAUGUUCUACCUCUUCCCUGGACUGUGAAAUGCAAGGAAAUGUAAUUACAAUUUUGUCUUCUUUUAAUGUCCUGUAUAUAGAAAUAUUAAAAAUAUAAAACACAGAAGGUGA